AUGGCCAGAAAUUCUGCUUCCAAAAAAAAUUAUCACUCCCAGGCUGCAAGAUCUUCCAAGAAGCAUUUGCUGCUGCGACCCCAAGACACAACGCCAAAGCCUUUUAGUGCUCGAGCCUGCUACCAACAGAUCCCAUUUGAAAAAAAGAUUGCAAAACCACGAGGAGAGCCUGGCCGUGCACCGCCUCGUGGAUAUAAUACCCAAGAGGUCAUAGGUUUAGGCAAUAAAGGUACAAAAUGGAACGGAAUAGUUCAAAAGACACAUCUGUAUGCAACCAAAUAUCUCCACACAGGCCAUCCACUGUCUGCCCAAGAUGAUGCAGCAGUAGUCACCGUGGCCAAUACCUAUUUGUUUCUUGCAGACUAUCAGAACAUCUGGCCUGUUUGCAAUAUUCUGUACAAGUAUCUACAAAAUAAAAUGUCAUCUGAGAAGAGGGCAAGCCGCAAAGAAGCAGUCAAAGAAAGUGAUGAGUACAAUGACCGUGCCGAAGAAGAAGAUAUAGAAGAGGAUUACUUUGACAUGUCUGAACGAGAGGAUGAGGAAGAACAGGGAGAGGAAGAAGAGAAUGAGGAAGAAGAGGAUGAGGAAGAAGAGGGAGAGGAAGAAGAGGGUGAGGAAGAAGAGGGUGAGGAAGAAGAGGGAGAGGAAGAAGAGGGUGAGGAAGAAGAGGGCGAGGAAGAAGAGGGUGAGGAAGAAGAGGACGAGGAAGAAGAGGGUGAGGAACAAGAAGUCAAGGGAGAAGGAGACGAGGAAGGAGAGAACGAGGAAGGAGAGGAUGAGAAAGAGACGAGGCCUGUUGCUUCUGCUAAUAAGGGGAAGCACCGGCUCCUCGAGCUGGCAGCCAAUCAUGCUUCUUUUUGGGACCGUGCUCUUGCUGAACUCUCUGAUUCGUCUGAAGACACACUCUUGCGCCACGAAAAUUCUCGUAAAGAGCAGGCUGUAAGGGGUCACGUACAGCCUGGACAACAGGCCACGGAAGGUCACACACAGCCCAGACAACACAUCGUGCCACAGCUUGCUACUCAUUCUAGUUCUCGUCACUUGUCUUCUGAGCUCUUGAGUCUUGCCGAUGGUUCUUCUGUGGGUGCUAAAGUAUUUUGUCACCGCCACUCACCACUGCCUUCCUGGCCACCGAGUCCUGAACUGCCAUCUGCAUCAGGUCACACUCGGCUACUUGCUAACUCUGAAGGUACCAGACCUCCGUCCGCAGCCUCUGCUAACUGUGAUGGCCCUGACAACAACUGCAAUAAUGAUCUUGGCCACGGUGUUAACGACAGUUUCAAUGACAGUUCUGGCAACAGCUCUGGUGACAAUUCUGGUGAACAUGCCGUGUACGCAAUGUUUGCAGAGCGCAAAAUGGCAGCAAAACAUCCGAACAAGUGUCCUGUCCGCUCAUGCAAUGACCUCAUUCCGACAACCGUUGCCGAACGACUCCAGUACCUGCUCACAGAAAAGAAGAAGAAGAAACCCAAGACAACCCCUUAA